GAAAAAGUGCAACGCAUGUCUGGUGAACAAAAAGUGGAUAUUCCAAGGCGAUGGAAGAGAUCUGACGCACUGCAUUUCAUGGAGAGAGAAGGGGCGGGGGGAGGAGUCGAAGCUGACAGAGUGAAGUUAAGUGGAGUGGAAGUGCAUCUGAAGGCGUUACUAAUCCAGCUCUUGUCUGCUGCCGCACCGACGUGGAGUCGUAGUGACAGUGUAGCAGUGCGGGAGGAAAUCAGCCUGGACUUAGUGCAAGAUUGUCCAGUUUGCGUAAGCCUGCUGUUCCGUUUCUUCGUCACUUGUCUCGUCGUCCGAACAAAUUCACCCAGCACACUCACAACGGCAAAAGAAGGAAACAAAACCACACGUCACAGUGUGCACAGUACAAUAGAAGUUGCUAUUCAAGAGACAAGCCACCUUUCACCACGUCCAGUGGACAGUGCGCGCAGUGAGAGCGCUGUUGAAGGUUUGCAGUACAAGAAGAAGGGCCCUGAUCACUGGUUAGACCAUUCCCUGUUUAAAAGAGCUUCAUCUUUGUCUGAAGAGGGGUUGAUGACGAACAAACUCAAUUUGUCGCAGUAUCUUCGUCUUGGGGCAAGGGCUGUGAGAAAAGAAGUGUUUGACUAGAUGGUUGUGUCACCGCAACCAUUACUU